AUGGCGCCGGCUUUGGUCUUCAGUGCCGAAAUGGAUCCCUUGCGGGACGAAGCCGAAGUAUAUGCGGACAAGCUGAGAGCGGCAGGCGGACGAGUGGAAUUGGUUCGGGUUGCAGGAGCUCCGCACACCUUUGGUGGGUUGGACGAGAUUCUUGAAUCGGCCAAGAAGUUCAACAAGAAGGUGAUCGAGACGAUGCAGAAGACAUUCGUCUCGCAGUCUGCUUGA